AAGGUCGCUGACGUUGGCUCAGGCGCUGCUCGUCUUCGACCAGCUCUUCCUUCCCGCUCCCUUCCGGCACUCACCACAUCCCUCACAACCUCUCGAUCAGCAUCUGGUGUUCCGGCUGAAGACCCAAAGAAGAAGGCUCAAUCGAUUCUCGACUCUUUGCCAGGCAACUCCUUGGUUUCAAAGACCGCGAUCCUUUCGUCGACUGCCGGUGCCGCGAUCUACGCUCUUAGCAACGAAUACUAUGUCUUGAACGAGGAAACCGUUGCUGCUUUCUGUUUGUUGAGCAUCUGGACAGCCGUCUUCAAGUACGGUGGACCUCUGUACAAGGAGUGGGCCGACGGCCAGGUCAACAAGAUCAAGGGUAUCUUGAACGCUGCCAGAGCCGACCACACCGAAGCUGUCAAGUCGCGUAUUGAGAGCGUCCAGCAAUUGGGCAGUGUUGUGGACAUCACCAAGACCCUUUUCGAGGUCUCCAAGGAAACCGCCCAACUUGAGGCUAAGGCAUACGAGCUCGAGCAAACCACCGCUCUUGCCGCAGAAGCCAAGAGCGUCCUCGAUUCCUGGGUUCGAUACGAGGGACAAGUGAAGAUCCGCCAACAAAAGGAGCUGGCUGAGAGCAUCAUCGCCAAGAUCCAGAAGGAGCUUGAGAACCCCAAGGUCCUUCAACAAAUCUUGCAACAGAGCGUCGCCGAUGUUGAGAGUAAGUACCUAUGUCGUGUUUUAAUGUUGAAUUUUACUAAUUCAACGAACAGAGAUCAUUCAAUCGAAGGCUUAAUAGAUAGAGAGAGACCCGAAGAGCUUGAGAGAUUUCCUUUAUCACCCCUGUGUCUAUAAAACACCUGUGCAAUAGUCUAUCAAGCAUUUUCCACAUCUUUCUUGAAUCUCCUGUGAUCUCUAUAGCCUCAGAAAGUUUAAAUCACGCACGCCAGCCGGCUUCCAGGAUCAGAUGUUUUGCCA